AGCAGCACUGUGCUGCUCAUUCUCGUCGUCUCUAGACAACAACGUCGCCAUUUUCAGCGCUGGGACUCUGGAAAUCUCCCGCGGCACAGCAGAAGUAGGUCAACCUGCAACAUAGCGAGAUAUACGCACACAGUCUCCUGAGAAAACGAGAUAAAGCUGAAGAAAUUGAGCUCCUCUGCGUCCAGUGCGUCUGCUCCCAUCCGGUCUGAUGUUUUCAGGUUCGGGCUGACAAUAAGACGAAUAAGCAGGAUUGUAUUUGUUUUUCACUGUUUGCGAGCUGAGCUGAGGUUGUUACAUGCAAAACAGCUUUCUUUUACCCUGAAGAAUGAAAAGGAGGUUGAGUAGAGAUGGUGAGGACAGUACCUCCUCCUGUGAGGGACUGACAGAGAUCUGCAAGAGAGUCAAACAGCCGGCUGAAGAGUCUGGAGAGCUGAUAUCCAACUGGGUUCGACUCCCCCAAGAGAUCCUGCUUCAUGUCUUUCAGUACCUGCCUCUACUGGACCGUGCUUUUGCCUCGCAGGUUUGCCGUGACUGGAACCAGGCCUUCCAUAUGCCGGAGCUGUGGAGAUGCUUUGAGUUUGAACUCAAUCAACCAGCCAGCUCUUACCUGAAGGCCACGCAUCCUGAUCUUAUAAAGCAAAUCAUAAAGCGUCACUCCAAUCAUUUACAGUAUGUCAGCUUCAAGGUGGACAGCAGUACAGAAUCAGCAGAGGCUGCAUGCGAUAUCUUAUCUCAACUGGUGAACUGCUCACUGAAGACCCUUGGGCUCAUCUCCACUGCACGACCAAGUUUCAUGCAGUUACCGAAGUCCCACUUCAUCUCUGCACUGACAGUGGUGUUUUUCAACUCCAAGUCUCUUUCGUCUCUGAAGAUUGAUGACACGCCAGUGGACGAUCCUUCACUCAAGGUUCUAGUGGCAAAUAACAGUGACACACUCAAGCUGUUAAAGAUGAGCAGCUGUCCACACGUUUCUCCUGCAGGUAUUCUGUGUGUAGCUGAUCAGUGUCAUGGUCUGAGAGAACUGGCUCUCAACUACCACCUACUGAGUGACGAACUACUCCUGGCGCUCUCCUCAGAGAAACACGUGCACCUCGAGCACCUCCGCAUCGAUGUGGUGAGCGAGAACCCUGGUCAACAGUUUCACACCAUAAAGAAGAGCAGCUGGGAUGCCAUGGUGCGCCAUUCACCCAAGUUCAACCUGGUCAUGUACUACUUCCUGUAUGAAGAUGAGUUCGGGCCCUUCUUUCGUGACGAGAUCCCAGUCACACACCUCUACUUCGGCCGAUCCGUCAGUAAAGAUGUGCUCGGCCGUGUCGGCAUGAACUGCCCACGACUGGUGGAGCUGGUGGUGUGUGCCAAUGGUCUUCGUCCUUUGGAUGAGGAGCUGAUUCGUAUCGCUGAUCGCUGCCAAAACCUGUCGGCCAUCGGACUGGGCGAGUGCGAGGUGUCCUGCAGCGCUUUUGUGGAGUUCGUGAGGAUGUGCGGACGUCGCCUCUCUCAGCUUUCUAUCAUGGAGGAGGUGCUUAUCCCAGACCACAAAUACAGCCUGGAUGAUAUCCACUGGGAGGUGUCCAAGCACUUGGGGCGUGUUUGGUUUCCAGAUAUGAUGCCUACGUGGUGAAAUGCACUUUGGCUAUUUCAAACGAUCUUUGAAAUUAGCUUUGUCUAUAUGAACUAAAUGGCUUUUUGUUUGUGGUUUCUUUGACAUGUUUCACCGUUAUUGUUGACUUUGUAUAUAGAUUUGAGUUGUGAAGGAAUUUACAUCUAUGACUGUGGAGUAUUGUUUCAUUGGCUGGUUGGUGCAAAUCUCACAAAAACAUAUUUUCUUUUGAUUUUAGAAUGAAACAAGAUAUUAUAUUUUGCUUAAAGAAAAGGAAGCCAAUUUUAGGACUCUUAAGAACAUUUUCCCCCACAAAUGUUUGUAUGUUUGUAAUUUCCAUUUUUCUCAGUGAUGAUACAUUGCUGUAAUAUAUAAUUGUUUUACGAUAAUUUACUUACUAAUUUAAACCGAUUUAAAAACAAAGGCAAAUUUUAAAUGCAAAAUAAAUGUACUUUUUAAAUAGAUUUUUAAUAGAUUUAAUUAAUAUUCUAGUAAAGAGAAUUAGAUAUUUGCAGUAUGGUAAUGAGACAUAUCUGUCAUCACAAUAAUAUCCAAAAUAAUGCGGGUCCUAUAAAUGGUCUUCAAAUAUGCAUUUUAAGGUGAAAUAUGACUCCACCAUCUACUUCACCGAUAGCACCCUUUUUCCAUUUUUGUUUUUAAGAAGCCUCCGUUGGAUGUUUUCUUCAUGAAACUAAGCAGAUGAAAGCUGUACAAGCCAUGCCAUGUAUAUACUGUUAUGUAUAAAAUAAAUAAUACUAAUCCAAGAGGAAAAACUAAUUCAGUUUUGAAUGAAAGCGGAAAACUGUUUUAUUAGUUGAGGUUAUAGUCGAGAGUUAAAACCGAUAUUCAUCGCUCAUAUAUUUAAAUUCAGAUUUCGAAUGGACUCUUUGUCCUUGUUGAUGGUCUCAUCAGAUGCUCAUCUAUCUCUACAUAAUUCACUAUUACAUUACAAUGUAGCGGUUUAGAUCAGGGUGUGUUCAAUGGCUAAACGUUCUGCUGUCAAAACCACAGAUGUGGAUCACGUAGUUCAAUGCUUUGACGUGGAUUAAGCAAAUUAAUACAUUUUCACAGUGCAAAACUGCAUUGCAUUAAACUUUAAGAUGGUAUAUCACAUUUAGUUUUUUACUCUGCAAACUUUUUGUGUAGUUCAGCAUAUUGCUAAGAUGGAUAUCAGUGGGAAUUUCUAAACGGCUCCCUCUAGUAGCAUGGAAAGCCAUAAACCUUUAGUGAGAGUGAGCGAGUGGCUUUCCCUCACUAAUUAGUGGCCUUGCUUGUGUGAUACAUGGUAAGAUCACAAGUUAAAGUGUGCAAAGCAAAUUUGGUUUGGCAACAGUCUUUGUCGUGUAGCUAUGAACUUGGUUUAUGUAGAUAAUUAACUGUAUUUUAUAAUGUGAUUAAGACAUUUUGUAUAACUAAAUAUAUUUGGUAUUACUGUGCUUUUGUACAAAAAAUAAUUUCUGUAUGGUGCAUAAUAUGCACUUUAUAUAUACCACAUCUAAAUAUUUCUUUCUGGUGGUUAAGCAAGCAUGGAAAUGGGGAUGCCAAAUAACAUAAAAUAGCUUAUUUUAGAAAUCUUGUUGGGUAUGUUCGAGUAGGUCAGAGUGGAAUGAAAUGAAAGGAUGUUUGGUUAACAUUACACUUUUGUCUUCGAAUGGGGAAAGAAAUUGCUAAUCAGUUUUAAGAAUACAGUGAACCAUUGACUGGUUUCUAUUAGAUUGCAUAAAGAAAGUUGUGAGAAUUGGCUUUGCAGACAUGAUGAACUGAGCAGGAUACAACUAUAUAAUGAAUUUGUUGAUAUGCAUCCAAUGCUUGCGUAGUUGCAAGCUAACGUACAAUAUAUGUAUGUUAAACUGCCUGCAUUCAAACACACCCCUUUAUUUCUGAUCAUGCAUGUGAGUGUUAAAAGGAAAGCUUAAAGGAAGCAGUUCCUUUAAGAAGGAAGUCACAUGUAUCUGUAUAUAAAAUGCUGUGUGUUAUAAAUAGAAAUGCUUAUGUCUCUUGCACCCUCUGUCGAGGUUUGAAGUGUUUCUGUGUUGAUCUCUUUCAUAUAUGAGUGGGAUUAGUUACUAAAUGGCUUUUUGUACUCUUGUAAUUAUAUUUGAUCAGUGUAAUUUAUUGAUAUAUUUUUUAUUAAUCAGUUUAUAUUGAUGGUUUAAAUUUGGGUCAUGCUUCUUGUUGAUUGAUAUGCCUAUAAAAAUUGUACUAAAAGUUAAUGGCAUGUAAUAGAGUGGCAUUUAACUUGAAUUUUUAACUCAUCCAGAAUUAAAGUUGACAUGUAUUAACUUUUGGAAAUUGUAAAAGCACCUAAAUAAAGCAGCAUUCAUUAUGGUACAUUAUUACAAAAAAGGAUGUGAUAGAAUAUGUUCGACUUCUGGGCUAUCAUUAGAGAUUUCAGCAUUAAAAUAACAUAAUCUGACUUUGAGUGAGUGCUGGAGAACAUUUUUAACUUCAAAUUAAGAUCAGAAAACUGCAGUCUGUACAAAUACAGAAGCAGUAAAGCAAGUGCUGAUGUUUUCCUAAGCAAUUGAGCAAAUUGCUUGUGUUGCAAAUUUGGAAGUACCAUAUUUAUUUGUCAUAAAAAUGUGAUUAUAACAUUAUCUGUUGUUUAAAUAAAGAGCAAUCUAAACGUC